AGGAAGGUUCCCCCGUUUCCUGCAGCCGGUGGCGCUGCCGGUGCAGCCGUUGCCUGGGAACGGCGCUGGCAGAGGCAGAGCCGCGGGGAUCGCUGUGUCGGUUGUUGUGCAGCCAGAUCUGGGACAGUGUGUGUGGGGAAUUGUUUCGGAGGGUGAAGGUGUGGAUGGAUGGUCCCUGUGAAUUUACACUGGAAUAACCCACUGAGCGAAGGGCAGCAGGGAGAUGUCCCAGGACAGACAGACAGCUCAGGAGAUGGAUGUACAGCCUGAGAAGGAUCCCCUUGCUGCUGCCGGGGAGAAGGAAGGAGCUGAGAAUUCAGAGAAUACUGAAGAGUCACUGUUGGGUCCCCAAUCAUCUCCUUUAGGCAACAGGGAGAGGCACACACGGCAUGAAGGCUUUGCCAGCUUGGUGUGGGGGGCCACGCCGGGGAUGCUGUUCCAGAAGGACAAGGACAUCAGCAUUCACCCCCUCGACCUGUCCUGGGUGUUUGGCUACAACAGCAGCCUGGCUGUGCACAGCCUGAUGGACGGGCAGGACCGGGUGCUCCUGUACAUCUCCUCCCACACAGUGGUCAUCCACGAUAUCCUGCAGAACAGGCAGUACCACCUGCAGGGCCACACAAAUGUCAUCUCCUGCCUGUGUGUGAGUGAAGACAAACGCUGGGUUGUGACUGCUGACCAAGGGCCAGACGCUCUGAUCAUCGUGUGGGACUCCUACUCUGGGGUACCCGUGUGCACCAUCUUCGAGACUCAUUCAGAGGAUGGGAUCUGUGCCAUUGCCAUUUCCCAGGAUGCCAAGUAUUUGGUGACCAUUAGUGCUGCUGCUGUGCAGAAAGUUUGUGUUUGGAGAUGGACUUUGCCCACAGAGAAAGUGAUAUGCAGCACAGAGCUGAAGCCUGAGUUUGGGUAUCAGGAUUAUGUCAUUUUUAACCCUCAGAAUCCCCAUGAGUUUGUCAGCAACAGCAAAACCCAGGUGAUAUUUUACCUGUGGGAUGAUUCUGGUUUGCAGUAUGGGGCACCAUUCCUGAGCAACCAGACCUUCAAGUGCCGGGUGGGACAGUUCAGCCAGUCAGUUUUCCAUUUUAACACCACCCAAGCUCUGACGGGGACCUCUGCUGGGAAGUUGGUGGUGUGGGACAUGGACAAUCCCCGCACCCUCCCCGAGGAGCUGCCGGCCAAACCCCACGGAGUAACAGCCACCAAAGUGGUGUCAAUGCAGAAGGAGAGCCUUACCGUGCUCCAGGUGCUGGAGAGCUGUAUAGUCACAGGUGAUGUGGAAGGACAGGUUAAAUUCUACGAUGGGCAGCUGCGGCUCCUCACCAUCUACAGCCACGACAAAGUGGGUCCCAUCCAGUCCAUCUCCUUCUCCACCAUCCUUCGUGAUCCUCCCAGCGCCCCCCCAGACAGCAGCCAGCCCUUUCUCACCAGGAACUUUAUCCUUUCCACCUCUGAUGCAACCAUGUUCCAUGUUGCAACAGACAGCACAAACUUUGAAAGAAUCAUGGAAGAGGCGAAGAAAGCUGUGAAUGCCAUUGCCUGCCACCCACAGGAGCCACUUGUGGCUGUGGGGAGUCACUGUGGGCUGCUGAAGGUGUGGGAAUACAGGCAAACAAAGUACCUGGUUAGCAGAAUAUUCACUGAGGCUGGCAUCCAGUGCUUAUCCUACGAUCCUGAAGGCCAUUUGCUGGCUGCUGGUUUUACUGAUGGAAGCGUUUACAUCCUUGAUGCAAUUUCCCUUCAGUCCAUCUGCAAGGAAUUCCAGUUCUCGCAAGGUCCCGUGACUCACAUCAGCUUCUCUCACGAUUCCAAGUACCUCGCCACCGCUGAUGAGAAUUAUACAGUGACAGUUUACAAGAGAGUCCUGGAGAAGGGGAGCAGAUGCUGGGAACACCUGGCAGGGCUGGAAUCCCACUACAAACCCAUCAGGAGCCUCCUCUUUGGGGUCCACUCAGACAGCCCCGAGCCCAGGCUGCUGAGCCUCGGGGCGGACCGGCAGCUGGUUGAAUAUGACCUCAAGAGCAGCAUCAAGGACCACUUGGUGGUCACACACAGGGACAGGCUGGAGCAGGAUGCUGUGCCCCUGUGCUUGACCUGGUACCCACAGCUCAGCGCCGAGUCCUUUUUCAUCACUGCCAACAACUGCUACAAAAUGAAGCUCUACAACACAACGACCAAAAUGUGCAGAAAGACCCUUCUGGGACCAACCUAUGGCUCCCCCUUGGAGAAGAUACAAAUCCUCCCUAGGACAAGCUCUGCAGACCCCCAGCAACACUACCUGGUGUACAUCACAAAGGACAAGGUGGGCUUGCAGAUGCUGCCUGUUGAUGGCAAUCCCCACAAGUCCUCAGCCUUCAUCUGCCACCCAGAUGGUGCCUCUGACUUUGCCAUCUCCCACGACGGGCGUUACGUCUUUACAGCCGGGGGCAGGGAGAGAACCUUCAUGAAAUGGAAGGUCAACCUACCUGCCUUGGAUGCUGCUUCUUUCCUGGGUGGGGAGGACUUGAUCCCAUUCUACAACCUCCUGGAUGGUGGCAGAGAUGGCAAAUUCUUCAGGGAACUGGAGGACUAUUUUUACUACGUACAGCUGUGCAGCCAAGGUAUCGGAACACUGGAGACAAGACAGGUGUCAACACACAUUCCCUUGGAGGAAAUUCCUUCUGUAAUGAGAGCAAUAGGAUUUUAUCCAUCAGAGGAAGAGAUUGAAGAAAUGAUAAAUGAAGUGAAAUUCAGCAAGUAUGUGGAUACUGGAGAAGAAGUGACAAAAAUCAAUUUAGAUGAUUUUAUCAAACUUUAUAUAAAUCAUCGACCUGCACUUGACUUGUCAAUGAAAACCAUACAAAAAGCAUUUCAGGUUCUUGGUUAUGAUAACGAGAAGGGAGACAAAGUUAUUGACAGAGGGGACUUCCUGUUACUGCUUCAGCGCAGAGGGGAGCAGAUGACAGAGGACGAGCUGGCUGAGUGUCUGACCACCCUGCUGGGCAGGAGAGCCAGGAAAGGAGAAUCUGAACAGGACACCUGUGAUCUCACAGGUGCAGCAGCUUUGACUGAAGAAGAAAUUCCAGCAGAAAUCACAGCAGAGAUAUUUGUUAGAGACUUUCUUGGGUUACCUAUUCCUGAACCAGAAAAAAAGAACAGAAGGAACAAGAAUCUUUGAUCUACAAAGGCUCAAAAAUGCAGCUACUACUAGAUUCUCUGUUUGUUCCCACUUUCCAGGAUCUUCUCCUCAAAUAUCUGUAAAAUUUAUGGCUUGUGUUUAUUGCAAAGUAAAGGUCACAUAGUUGUGUUUCA